AUGCUCUCAAUCGACGAAACCCGGGCCCUCAGUGAGACAAAGCCUGAACAUAACCCGAAAUCACCUCUUUAUAUUACCGAAGAGCUUAAAAUCCCACUUCGGGAUGGCUUUGAGGUUGAUGCCCGAGUGUACAAACCCAGAGGUGUCCCUGCUGACAGAUGCCCUGGAGUUGUAUUCUUCCACGGAGGUGGUCACAUGGUUGGUGAUCUAGAAACAAAGGCACAUCUCUGCGCCCUCUUCACUAGUUUGGGCGGGAUUGCUGUGAACAUUAACUAUCGGCAUGCACCAGAGCAUGUCUUCCCUCAAGCCAUACACGAUGCUUUCGAUGCCACCAAAUGGACGGCCAAAAAUGCGGAGGGUCUAGCCAUAAAUCCCCAGAAGGGAUUCCUCCUCGGCGGAGAAAGCUCUGGGGCUGAUAUCGCCCCGGUUGUAGCGCACCUCUGCUUCAGCGAUUCCACGGUUCCUGGACGGUACAAGGACCGCUUCUUCAGCAAAGAGAAAAAUUCUAAUGUACCCACGCUCUCUGUUGAAGCCCUCGAGUUUAUUUAUUCAAAGUAUCAACCGGACGAGAAAAGCCCGCUGGCCUUUCCCACAUACUUUCAGGUUUGCGGACUCGAUCCCUUGAGGGAUUGUGAACUGCUGAUGGAACAGGUGUACCAGGGCGAUGGAGUUCCCAAGAAACUAGAUGUGUACCCGGGUUUGCCCCAUGCCUUUUGGGUACCCUUCCUCGACUUGGAGGUGAGCCAAAAGCACACAUCAGACACCACUUGCGGUCUUUCGUGGCUAUUGGCUGAAUGA